GGCUGCCGUCCUGCGAGCGGGGCCUAGAGCCGGGUGUAGUAUCCUGGGAGCUGCGGGCUACGGGGCCUGAGCUGCCGGGCUUUGGGCUCUGGGCCUCUGCCGCUCUCUGGCCCUAAGUGCUGAGCUGCCGGGAACGGCAGCUUCUGACGCUGGGCCAUUGGACGCUGCGGAACCAGGCUUCUUCACUUUGAGUUUCCGCCGCGAAGCGCAAGUCCGGGCCGAGGAGGGAGGUGCUGUUUAGGUGCUGAGGAUACAACAGGAACUAGGACCAACGUGGCCCUUCCUUGUGUAGACUCUGGCUGGUAACACAAAGCAGCGAAGUGAAUGAAUAAUUAUUGCCAACUGAGCCAAGAGCCUGCCAUUGACCAAGUUCCAUGCCCAUAUGUGGCCCUGGCAAAAAUCUCAGAUUUCUUGCUGGAGUAAUGAUUCAUCAAUAUGGGUGUGAUGAUCAUCAAAUGAUCUUUGUUUUAAUCUCCAAGGGCUGUUAUUUCAUCUCUGCUUCUAACGUAUCACUAAAAGCUCAGAAGAAUACCUUGACAUCUUAGUGAAUAAUAAGUACGUUAGUGCUGGAGCAGUGGGCAGGAGUUUAAAAGGCACAGGAAAAGAACUGCUGUUUCCUUUACAGUUUUUACAUUUUAGUGUGCAACACAAGAAAACAAAUUGAGCUUGUAGGCAAUGGGCUUCUGGCAUACUACCUUUUGACACUUUGAAUUAUAUAAAUGUAAAUAUAAACAUACCAGAGAGUGAGGCUGGAGGUAUUUAUGGCCUUACUUCAGAUACUGAAAUACCACAUUUUAUGUGAACUUACCCAAGUUUAAGAGAAAUAAUGCUGAUUUGUAGAGCAUGAUUGGAGUGGUAAUGGUCUAGUAGAGCGAACCCAGAGGAAAAUCAGAGUUGACCAAGUGAAUGAAAACCGAGGACUCCCAAUAUUCACUCACUUAGGCAUCCCCAUUAUCCCCUUCAUGGUGUGAGUAAUGUGGCCCGUUCAGACCAUGCACCCUUCAGUUGGAAAGGCCAAUGCUUAUUAAAGAAGCCUUUACUACUUCUCCCUGGUUUCAUUCAUGUUCUGAGGAGGGUGUGAGAAGGAACCAUGGAUCCCACAGCCUUGGUGGAAGCCAUUGUGGAAGAAGUGGCCUGUCCCAUCUGUAUGACCUUCCUGAGGGAGCCCAUGAGCAUUGACUGUGGCCACAGCUUCUGCCACAGCUGUCUCUCUGGACUCUGGGAGAUCCCAGGAGAAUCCCAGAACUGGGGUUACACCUGUCCCCUCUGUCGAGCUCCUGUCCAGCCAAGGAACCUGCGGCCUAAUUGGCAGCUGGCCAAUGUUGUAGAAAAAGUCCGUCUGCUAAGGCUACAUCCAGGAAUGGGGCUGAAGGGUGACCUGUGUGAGCGCCAUGGGGAAAAGCUGAAGAUGUUCUGCAAAGAGGAUGUCCUGAUAAUGUGUGAGGCCUGCAGCCAGUCCCCAGAGCAUGAGGCCCACAGUGUUGUGCCAAUGGAGGAUGUUGCCUGGGAGUACAAGUGGGAACUUCAUGAGGCCCUCGAACAUCUGAAGAAAGAGCAAGAAGAGGCCUGGAAGCUUGAAGUUGGUGAAAGGAAACGAACUGCCACCUGGAAGAUACAGGUGGAAACCCGAAAACAGAGUAUUGUAUGGGAGUUUGAAAAAUACAAGCGAUUACUAGAGAAAAAGCAGCCACCACAUCGGCAGCUGGGGGCAGAGGUAGCAGCAGCUCUAGCCAGCCUACAGCGGGAGGCAGCGGAGACCAUGCAGAAACUGGAGUUGAACCAUAGUGAGCUCAUCCAGCAGAGCCAGGUCCUGUGGAGGAUGAUUGCAGAGUUGAAAGAGAGGUCGCAGAGGCCUGUCCGCUGGAUGUUGCAGGAUAUUCAGGAAGUGUUAAACAGGAGCAAAUCUUGGAGCUUGCAGCAGCCGGAACCAGUCUCCCUGGAGUUGAAGACAGACUGCCGUGUGCUGGGGCUAAGAGAGAUCCUGAAGACCUAUGCAGCUGAUGUGCGCUUGGAUCCAGAUACUGCUUACUCCCGCCUCAUUGUGUCUGAGGACAGAAAACGUGUGCACUAUGGAGACACCAACCAGAAACUGCCAGACAAUCCUGAGAGAUUUUACCGCUAUAAUAUCGUCCUGGGAAGCCAGUGCAUCUCCUCAGGCCGGCACUACUGGGAGGUGGAGGUGGGAGACAGGUCUGAGUGGGGCCUGGGAGUAUGUAAGCAAAAUGUAGACCGGAAGGAGGUGGUCUACUUAUCCCCCCACUAUGGAUUCUGGGUGAUAAGGCUGAGGAAGGGAAAUGAGUACCGAGCAGGCACCGAUGAGUACCCCCUCCUGUCCUUGCCAGUCCCUCCUCGCCGGGUGGGAAUCUUCGUGGAUUAUGAGGCCCAUGACAUUUCUUUCUACAAUGUGACUGACUGUGGCUCCCACAUCUUCACUUUCCCCCGCUAUCCCUUCCCUGGGCGCCUCCUGCCCUAUUUUAGUCCUUGCUACAGCAUCGGAACCAACAACACUGCUCCUCUGGCCAUCUGCUCCCUGGAUGGGGAGGACUAAGAAAGCUGCCGUCCUAACCAGAGAGGCCUUGGAAUUGGGCCUGGCCCCCAUGGGGCUUGGAGGACCCAGCCACUGACAGGUAUCCCCUGAAACUGAGCUGAGCCCAGUAUCCAAGGGUUCCUCUGUCUGAUCCUUUGGUCUUUGCUACCAGGCUGAAGUCUGUCAUGAAACCACUUAUUUUAAAAAGCAGAGGCCCAGUCAAAUGAGCACUGCAUCCCAUGAGGGAAGCGUGACAGGGCUGAUGGUGAGGAUCAGAGCAGUUCUAAGGUGACUCGUUGGGGUAAGGAUCAGGACUUUGUCCGUGUAGUAGCCAAACCCCCCCUCUUCCCUGAUUCCUGUCCGGUGUCACAGUUAAGUCAGUGAGGAUGAUGAAGUAGGUACAAUCUUCAGGACACCAUUAGAUAGGCUUUCCCAAUGGGCCAAAAAAAAUCCUGCCCAUACCCAGAGCUGGUUGUUGUGCUGAGGCCAGUCAGAGGAUGCUUCCCCUGAGUUUGCUACAACUAAGCAACCUUUAUGUGACCCUCACUCUCUGACCUCCUGGCAAGAGAAAUUCAGUGCAGCAGGGGGACACAGACCUGCCCAAGCCACCCCACUGCCCUUCCCUCUCUAAGCACAAGCUGGGCAAAUCACUGUCCCUUGGACUCCUAGGAGACCAGUGUCCUAGUCCUGCCUUUUUUCUCUAAGUGGCAGGAUCAGAAAACCUGUGAGCCUUAGUUUGUAUUUUCACUUUAUGAAUAAGGAAACUGAAAUGGCCUUAAUGGAGCAAGUUGUUUCUUUUUUUUUGAGAUGGAGUCUUGCUCUGUUGCCCAGGCUGCAGUGCAGUGGCACGAUCUCGGCUCACUGCAGGCUCUGCCUCCUGGGUUCACGCCAUUCUCCUGCCUCAGCUUCCUGAGUAGCUGGGACUACAGGCGCCCACCACCACACCUGGCUCAUUUUUUUUGUAUUUUUAGUAGAGACGAGGUUUCACUAUGUUAGCUAGGAUGGUCUUGAUCUCCUGACCUCGUGAUCCGCCGUCUUCGGCCUCCCACAGUGCUGAGAUUAGAGGCAUGAGCCACUGCGCCCGGCCCCUGGAGCAAGUUAUUUCUUACAAAGCUGCUGAAGAUAAGAUUAUGAAAAUUAUAAAGCAUUUUUCACACUCAAAUGAAACAAGGUUGACAAACUCACUUCGCAGGUCACAUGCCUAUACAUCAUUUAUCAUAUUUGGGUCUGAAACUUCUCACAUGUUUGGGAGGUUUUAUGUGUCCUCAUUGGGAAAAUGGGUGUAAUUCAGCAUAAAACCUCAUAUUAUUGUCCUGCCUCAUGGAGCUGUUGUAUAGAUCCCAGAUCCAUCCCAUGCAUUUGUUCCUGUCUGAAGCACAGAAGCAGGCAAGCCAUGGAUUUUGCACAUGGUGACCUUCCCACUGUGCCAUGAUACAGUCCGCAUCUUAUAGCAGUGCCUUUGUCUCAGGGCCUCUGCUGACAGUCUAGACCUUUUGGGCAGAAGGGAGCUUCAACUGGCUGUGAUAAGGAAUAUUAAAAAUUGUGUUUCUGUUUUAAUUGUAUUGGCUGUUCAUGUAUGUAGGGUUAAAAUAGGCCAAACUGGAGAAAUAAAUGCAUUGUGCCCACCAUG